AGGAGGACUUUUAUCGGUUGUUAUCAGAUGAUUUCUUAAAAACUACCGGCGUGUACGGUGGAUUUUUUUUUUUUGGAUUUUUCUAUGCAUUAGUAGAGUGUUUAAAAAAUAUUACACGUUUGGUACGUGUUUAUAAACGGAAAUUAUUUCAAAGAGCAGCAUAAUUAUAUAAUUUGUCAUGUUUCCGAUUUUCCCAUACCUGAAAUCAUGUUAUAUUCUGCCAAGCUCUCUUUUUGUGUUGCAAUUGCCAUCCAAAUGUGUAUAAUUUGCGUGUGGAUAUUUUUCUACAAAAGAAAUUUUCAAAUGUGUGGACGACAGUAUGGUGAAAUCGCCACUCUGACAAAGACAGAAGGCAGACUAACAACUUGCCCACUUAUUCCUAUUGGAUUAGUUGGAAGCAUCACUGUUAAUAAAACUGAUCCGCAAACAUGGACGACGAUUGAACAGAAGUAUAGUGUAAUAAAAGACGGUGGUUUUGUGCCUGAAAACUGUACGUCCCGACAGCGAGUGACCAUUCUCGUUCCAUUUCGCGACAGGGAAAGCCAUCUUAGAAUUUUUCUGAAUCAUAUGCACGCCUUUCUUAUGAAACAACAACUGGAAUAUGCAAUAUACGUUAUAGAACAGUCCAAAGAUUUUGAAUUCAAUCGGGGUUUCUUGUUCAAUGUUGGAUUUAAGGAAGCUCUCAAAGACUCUGACUACGACUGCUUUGUGUUUCACGAUGUGGAUCUUCUUCCGGAAAACGACCACAAUAUCUACACCUGUCCUGUUGACCAACCAAAACAUUUAUCUGUUAUCUUGGAGAACUGGGAUUACAAAUUGCCGUAUGAUGCAAAUUUUGGAGGUGUUUCGGCCAUGACAAAAGAACAAUAUGAAGCUGUCAAUGGGUUUUCAAAUAGCUUCUUUGGUUGGGGCGGAGAAGAUGACGACUUUUACAACAGGGUAGUAUGGGCAAAUAUGUCCAUAUACAGAGCCAUAACUGGUGUUGGAAGGUACUCUUCUCUUCAACAUGUGACAGCAACAGAAAAUCCAGCAAGGUACAAAAUCCUCAGUAAAGGAAAAGAGCAGAUGUGGAAGGACGGGCUGAGUUCCCUCAACUAUAUAAUAAUACAGAAAAAAACUAAAAAACUGUUCAAUCAUAUCAUUGUAAAAACAAUAUAAUGUAUACUUCUAGAUCAUA